AUGCUAAACGAGGAGGAGGAGGAAGCGAAAGUCCACACACUUUGUAAUGUUGAGGCCGAGAGUCAAGGCAAAUUCUUGUCCUGCGAUCAAUCGCUUCUGUAUUUUGGAUUUGUUGCGCUCAAUUGUCGUGUAAAUCGUACGAUAAGGUUGAGAAAUAUCAGCUCAAAAUCGCUGAAUCUCAAACUUCAUCUCGAAAGCAUUGAUAAAGGAUACGAGUUGUUGGAGCAUGGAAUCGUUGUUUUGAAGCCUCGAGAGACGUACAUGCUUCACGUUGUUUUUGAACCCAAACUCUGUGCUUUUUUUCGAAAUGUUCUGCAAAUCAGUGUACUUAAUGCUGAAUGUAUCAAAUAUUCGGUUCCACUACAUGGAAGCGGUGGAGUUGCAGCAUUACGUAUUUUGGCUCAGCCCGAGCUACAGAUGCUGCGUGAUGGAUCAUUUGUUCUGACCACACAAGGAGUUACAAAUAUCAAUGCAUUUGUACGCCUUAUUGUUCUCGAUAAAGAAACGAAGAAACCGGUAAAAGGAUCUGUUGUUACACCAUCGGAUUGUGUUUGCAUACUACGUCGUGGUACCCAGAAAUUUAGCGUUGGAAUUCCGUCUGCUCGUGAAGACGAGAAUACUGCAAACUCAAAUCAAACAUUUGCAACUUCUCAGAUGCGGGCAUCAGUGGCUGGAAGCAUACAAUUCUACGUGCAGCUGCUAUGGGGCGAGGAGGCGCAACGCCGUCAUUUGAAAAGAUUAAGUAGAAAUUUUUUCAGGUAUGAGAAUGAGAUGCGCGAAAAUUGGACGUUUUACGGUUACGAAUUCACGAAGUGUCGUUUUCUGAACGAAGAAAAGUGUAAAGCAUCGGCCUCGGAAAAUUCAUCGCCCGGUUUGCACGAUCGUGAAGCUUUCGAAUUGGGUCUCAGAAUCACCUUGAUCUCAGUGAUUGAUAACAGAUUCUCCGUACUGUCUCGUACGCAGCAAGAGCGAAUGCUUGCCGAAAGUGUUAUCCUGGAGCCCGAUGCUACACUUGCACCAACCAGUCAUAACAGAAGCAUUAUUGAAGAUAUUUCCACAGUUUUCCCCUCCAGCCGUUUACUGUAA